CUCGGACUACUUUUCCCUCCCAUCAUUCACCAGAAUCAUUCUCGAGAGGUAUCAGCAGAGAACUAAUGGAGGAAGAGAAAAGAUCGAGGUUCAAGAGAAUAUGUGUCUACUGCGGAAGCUGUUCAGGCAAGAAAGCCAGCUAUCAAGAGGCUGCUGUUGAGUUGGGAAAAGAACUGGUGGAGAGAAGGAUUGAUUUGGUAUAUGGAGGUGGAAGCGUGGGUCUGAUGGGUCUUGUUUCGCAGGCAGUUCAUGAUGGCGGGCGCCAUGUCCUAGGAGUCAUCCCAAGGACUCUCAUGCCAAGAGAGAUAACUGGUGAGAAAAUUGGGGAAGUGAGAGCCGUGUCCGAUAUGCAUCAGAGGAAGGCUGAGAUGGUCAGGCAAGCAGAUGCUUUCAUUGCCCUUCCUGGUGGAUAUGGUACAUUAGAAGAACUGCUUGAAGUCAUCACAUGGGCUCAGCUUGGCAUCCACCGUAAACCCGUGGGGCUUCUGAAUGUUGAUGGUUACUACAAUUCCUUGUUGUCUUUUAUUGAUAAGGCCGUGGAUGAAGGCUUUAUCUCUCCAACUGCACGUCGCAUAAUCGUGUCUGCUCCUACGGCCAAGGAGUUGGUCAGAGAGCUUGAGGAAUAUGUUCCGGAGUAUGAUGAGAUCACAUCGAAAUUGACCUGGGAGGAGAUGGAUAGACUUAAUAAUUACGUACCGGGCUCUGGAAUUCCUAUAUAAUGCGAGUUGAAGCCUUGGGAGGACUUCCAUCUCUUUUGGUUUUGCAUUCUGGGUACAUAUAAAAAGAUGAUAUGAAUACAUAGUAACUACGCAAACGGUGGAUAAAGCCGUAGGUUUCAGACAGGGUACAAGAACAUUUUGUGUCUCUACUGGCAGCGAUUCAAAUGCUCUUUUAUACAGUGCCUUGUCUUUUUUGUGGAUCCAUCAAGGAAUCCAUUGUCCAAGCUGUGUCUUUAGUCAAAUCAAUCAUCAACUUGUAUCUUUUGCAACUAAUAUAUAUAUAUAUGUUCUGUAA